AGGAGCACUCAGGUGAGGAAGCUAUAUGUACUGGAGCGAAAAACACGGUACGCGCUGGUGACGCACUGUUGGUUCAUUUUCGGUCGCCUGUGAUCAAAAAAGCAGCCCCAUCGGAUCGGUUAAUCGGUCGGCAGGCAUAGUUUUUUUUACUGCCGCUAGCAGAAAACAGUUCCGGCGUGUAUCAUGACAUCAAGCAUUAAUUACUUUUUUGGCGUAAGAUAUAGCGUGCCAUUUUUUUUUUGGUUUUCUGUAGCGCAUGUCGAACGUAUCAUUUUCGUCAGCACAUGCGAUCGAACAUAUUUUGACGGUCAUUUUGCUCGACAACUUGUUUUUGUCUAAGUGCUCUCCCUUUUUUGAGUACUAACGACACCGACUGUUGGGCGCCGGCAGAUAUUCGAGUUGCGCUUCUCGGUUGCUCAGGGCAAUUUUGUACUCGGAGUUGGAGCUCACCAAAAGAGAGAACCUUUUUUUUUUGUGCGGUUCAAGGGACAGCUCAAUGACAGAUUUGUACUCGGCUGCCUGCGGUGCUGCGGGUCUAGGGCUAAAUGUGGGCCACAAGAACACCGCCACCAGAACUCAGCUAGUCACGCGUUCAAAGUCCAAUCGGUGGAUUGAUCUCCAGUACUACAAAACCGGCUUCUCGUGUCCGAAAGAUUCCAGUUCCGCUUAGGUACGAUUAUUUGUACGUCAAUGUUUUGUGCGUUUUGUGGCGGUUCUAGCGAGUACGUUUGAUGGUGACGUAAAUUAAGCCUGGUGGCGCUUAGCAAUUCCAGUUCCAGCUGCAUUGUUUAUUAAUCAUUUGUUGUUAAGAUUAUGCGAAGGGCUGAGGGAGUAUUUUGAAUCGAAAUCGGAGCGGGGGUUGUUCGCGCUGUAGAAUAAUGUGUUUUGAUCUUGUUUUUGUUUCUUUCGCGGAACUAGUUUGAAUAAUACAUACGUUUAUUCAUAUUUUAAAUUUAUAAAAAUAUUUAAUUUAAAAUGAAACGCUCCAAUCCUUGAGACCUAUUUAUCAGCGAUCUAUUUAUACUCAAUAAAAAUACCUCACCCACACAAAACAGAUUUAAAAAGAGGCACAACAACAAAAAAAACUUUUGAGAUUUCUCAAAAAAAAAACAUACGUUUGAAAUUCCAAAAUGGGGAAUAAAACCGGUCCGAACAUAAAACCGGAGUUUGAAAAUCGUCCAAAAAAUCCUACAGGAAUUAAACCGCCCCACUGUUCACAGCAUCCGCCGGCUUGCCUUUCCCUUUGCUGGAACGUUCGUUAACGGUUUGGCGAAAAGAAAUUUUAUUUGUGCCAAAGUCUUUGCCGAGGAAGAUGAUCGGUAAGUGGACGGCCGCGCACGGCAUUGCCCGUUUGACAUUUAAUUAUCUGGGCGGUAGCCAUCCAACAUCAGGUGUGCGGGAUCCAAUGCAUUACUCCGAAAAGUUCUAAAAGUUGCGUGCUCAAGAAGCCUUUUUGGCGUGUGUUUUUCCCCACCCCGAAAGUUUGCGAAUUUUUGACCCGCUCGACUGGGUGUGAAAAGUGUGGGGUGGAAAAGAGAGCAGCGAACCGGGUAUGCCAAAAAGGCUGCCCCGUAAACCGGUCACUGCCGGUGGGUUGGUGAUCGUGUGUGGAAUCUGGUUAUGCAAAAUCCAAUCAAUGAAGGUGCAGGCACAAACACGCGGAAUGGAGGAGAAAAUUUAUUUUCCUUCCAGUACGAUCGCUUCUGAUCCUCUUGAGGCGGUGCAAUAAACAGUCCAGCAGCAUUUGGCUGAAUGUUCUCGAUGGCAUCCCGUACGAUGAGUUGUGAAUUGUUGUGGCGAAUUGUUCCCGAAGAUCGGCGUGAUCGGCAUUCGGAUUACAAAACCCGCUACACGAUCGGUCUGGCCUAGCGGAUCUUCCGUACCGAACGGAUGGGUGGAGAUGUUUAUCUCGCAGGACGAUACGUGUGGGUUGCUGGACGUCGUUACUGUAUUUCUUAUGAGCGAGUAACCUUAACCAUGAAAAAGCUGUCGGCGGUCGACUGUGUUCGAUCCGUAACGGAGGUUCCAAAAAGGUGGUCUGUCGCUUCAAAAUGAAGUUUUCUGGUUCCGUCCGAUAAAUAUUAACGUCAGCCGGUUUAUGAGGCGCGGUUUGUAUUUUUAAAAUGCCCACCUGAAACUCGUGAUACAAACAAGCAGCAUCGGUUUUAUGCUCGAUUUGCUCGGGUUGUGGGAGAUGUGUCGAUCGCGCGAGCUUAGAGACCUUCGGGCUGGGCCGCAUUUAUUAGUGCGACAUUUGAUGCAUUCGGUGAAGGGAUUUUAAUCAAGGUUGUCUAGAGUCUUCAGCUGAAAAAUGGUUUGUGCAGCAAGCUUGAUGGGAAAACCGUUGGACCGAGUGAAACUCGUACGAUCGAACUAGCUUUCAGUGUCUAAUUCGAAAUUCGGAUUUGCUUAUUCAGCAGUGGCAAAAGGGCGCACUGUUUUAUUUUUAGUAGUAAUAAAAGUCCCUAGGCGCGUACUAAAUGAUGCUGGAUUUACGCUACAUUGCGCCGCGUGACAUUGGCGUUACGAAAAUGCGGAAGGAAGAGAUAGGACGGUGGGCAGACAGCUGCUGACCCGUGUGUUUGUUUGGUGGUGGGUGCAAGCCUUACACCGUAUCCUUUCUGCAGACUUCCUGCAGCCGGUUGGCGCGAUGGCUUUUAGCAUAAAUUAUCAAACUAGUUAGUGGCCGGCCGCCCAGUAAUGGACGUUUCGUUACCAUGUACGAAGGUCGGGGCUUUGUUUUUGUUUCGUGAGUUAAUUUGUUAACUCAGUUAUUAAUGACCUUCGGCAAAGCAACAGCAUAAUAUUAUGUGCUAAUAAAAGGCGCUUGUAACGAUGCAGCAGAUAUUGCAGUUUGGUAUCGAUCAUGAUUUCUAAUAUGUUUAUAUUGUUUUGGUUAAAGUUAAGUGUUGCGUACGCAGAUGGAUGUCGCACGACAUGGCUCUCCGGGUUGCUCGCGUCGCGCGACAACAUGCGGAGGUGUGCGUGUCAGGUGCGUAAGAGAGGUCAACGCGGGUCACAGCGAACAGCUGACGUGUCCUGCGUCGCUCGGAGACAGUGUGUCGAUAGCGAGCAACGGGUUAACAGCCAAAGUCGGGCAAGCGGGUUUUAACGUGUAAUAAAUGUUCGUUUAAGUUUUAAAGUGUAUUUCAUGUUGUGUCGUAUCAGUGUUCAAGCCGUUUAUCCGAAACGCACCCAAGGACAUAACAACUGGCGACGAGGAAACGGAACGUCCAAACCCAGCAACACGCAUCAAUUCGAGCCACCAUCGCAUUUCAUCGAAGCGAAGCGACGCCGCGUCCCAAGCAGAAUCCGCCAUUGAGAACGCCAAACCGAAAUGGAACCGAACCAUAUGGAUUUCACCGUAGAAGAAGAUCCCAGGCGUCUUUCUAAUCCAAGGCAAGCACCGCCAAGUGUAGCAAAUAAUUACAACGGUGCUCCUAUUUUUCAGCCAGUUAAUGCCGCCCCCGACUCGAACGACAACGCUGCGCUAUUACAUAUGAUGCAGCUGAUGCAGCAACAGAUGGCCCAGCAACAGGAGCUAGUGAUGCAGCUCAUGAGGCGAAAUGCACCACCGAGCCACAAUGCCGAAGCACCGGCGGAAUCAACUCAAAACUUCAUAGCAAGGUCAGUAACAGAAUAUGUGUACGAACCAGAUGAGCACAAAACGUUCGCCGCUUGGUAUGCUAGAUACGAGGAGCUUUUUGUUAAAGAUGCAGCGCACGUUGACGACGCAGCGAAAGUCAGAAUGCUUUUGCGGAAGUUGGGCACAGCAGAGCAUGAGCGGUAUUCGAAUUUUGUGCUCCCGCAGCAUCCUCGCGAUUUUUCUUUCAAAGACACAGUGAGUAAACUAAAGACGCUUUUUGGCCCAAAAGAGACGGUUCUGAGCAAGCGACACAAAUGUUUAAGGAUUGAAAAAGCUCGUACGGAAGAUAUAAUGGCUUACGCGUGUCGAGUGAAUCGUGCUUGUGAAGAUUUUGAGCUGAAGGCGUUGUCGGAGAACCAGCUAAAAGCAUUAGUUUUCGUGUGUGGUCUUAAAAGUGAGCGUGACAUUGAAUUUCGUACCAGGCUGCUAAACAGAAUCGAGAAAAACAGCGAAAUCACAUUGGAACAGUUGGCGUCGGAAUGCCAGAUGAUUAUUAACGUGCACGCCGACAGCACAAUGAUAGCAGAUGAGAACAAAAGAGUAGCAGCGUUAACAAAAUGGCCGUCAAAACGAAAUAUGCCGCCGAAAGAGCAUGGCGCACCACGCUUUCAAAAUGGCUCAGGUCCAUCUGGUGAUAAGCCCAAAAACCCAUGCUGGCUUUGCGGUACGCAGCAUUGGGUACGCGAGUGUGCAUAUAAAACUCACAAAUGCAGGCAAUGCGGCAGAAUAGGACAUAAGGAUGGUUUUUGCCGUAACAGAGGGUACCAGCAAAAGAAUAAUUACAGAAGAUCAGCCGUAAAAGUGGUUCGAGUGAAUGCAUGCGUUGUGACAAGUAGAAGGAAAUACGUCACAGUUUCAGUGAACGGAAAGCCAGUGCGUUUACAGUUGGAUACAGCAUCAGACAUCACCGUCAUAGGCCAGCAUACGUGGCAGCAGCUAGGAAAGCCACCGCUCAGGCAUCCAACAGUGAAAGCGCUUACAGCAUCAGGCUCACAGUUCCAACUGAUAGGAGAAUUUUCUGCACCUCUCGUGAUCCGGAACGUGAAACGAAUGGCGACUGUUCGUGUGGCAAUGGUGGAUGUGCAGCUGUUGGGGACAGAUGUGAUUGAUCUUUUUGAGCUAGAGUCUGUUCCAAUGAGCGUUUUCUGUAACAACGUAGUCACAACAGCAGCAAGAGCGUCGUCAUCGGUUUUUGAAAGAAUGUAUCCGGAAGUUUUUGGCGAAUCGGGGUUGUGUACGAAAGCACAGGUGCCGUUACGGUUAAAGGAAGGAGUUCGGCCCGUAUUCCGCCCGAAGAGACCAGUAGCCUAUGCGAUGAGAGAGAUAGUAGAAAAGGAACUGGAUAGGCUGGAAGCAAAUGGAGUAAUUACGCCGGUUAACUAUGCUGACUGGGCAGCGCCCGUUGUGAUCGUAAGAAAAGCAAAUGGAAAGAUUCGAAUAUGCGGAGAUUAUUCUACUGGAUUAAAUCAGGCUUUGCAACCGCAUGAAUACCCACUACCCAUCCCGGAAGAUAUUUUUACCAAGUUGGCACAUAGCAAGAUUUUUACAACGAUUGACCUCACGGAUGCUUUUACUCAGGUGCAGGUAGAAGAAAAGUUUAGGCCAUUGCUUACCAUAAACACUCAUCGAGGCCUUUAUCAGUACAAUCGACUCCCGCCUGGAAUUAAAAUAGCGCCUGCAGUAUUCCAGCAACUGAUUGAUACCAUGUUAGCGGGCAUGAGCAAAGUAUGUGGCUAUAUGGAUGAUUUAAUCAUCGGUGGUCUGACACAAGAAGAGCACGACGCAAAUGUUAGAGAGGUUUUAAGUCGCAUUAGAGAGUACGGAUUCACGAUACGAGCAGACAAAUGCAUUUUUGGCAUGAAGCAGAUCCGGUAUCUUGGGCACAUUAUUGAUGGAAACGGCAUACGCCCAGACCCAAAGAAGAUCGAGGCAAUUGUUAACAUGUCACCACCUGUAAACACGUCAGAAGUACGUUCAUUUGUAGGAGCUAUCAACUACUACAGCAAGUUUGUGCCGAGAAUGAGAGAUCUCAGAUACCCAUUGGAUAGCCUCCUCAAGCACGGCGAGCAGUUUCGUUGGACGAAACAAUGUGCAGAAAGUUUUCAAAAAUUCAAGGAGAUACUCUCAUCAGACCUUUUGCUCACCCAUUAUGACCCGAAAGCAGACAUCAUCGUCUCAGCUGAUGCAUCAUCAGUGGGUUUAGGAGCCACAAUAAGCCACAAAUUCCGCGACGGUACAGUAAAAGUGGUUCAGCACGCAUCAAGAGCGCUCACCGAGACAGAGAUGAACUACAGCCAGAUAGACCGCGAAGGUCUUGCAAUCAUUUUCGCGGUAACAAAAUUUCAUAAAAUGUUGUAUGGCCGGCAUUUUAAGUUGCAGACUGAUCAUCGACCACUCUUGCAGAUUUUUGGAUCGAAAAAGGGUAUACCCAUUUAUACUGCAAACAGAUUACAACGUUUUGCCCUUAUUCUGCAACUUUAUGAUUUUGAUAUCGAAUACAUCCGCACCGAUAAUUUUGGAAAUGCUGAUCUACUGUCUAGGCUCAUCAGAACGCGAUCUCAGCCGGAAGAAGAAUACGUCGUAGCGACCAUUGAGUUGGAAAAGGAUGUACGAUCGGUCGCUGUAAAUUCAUUAAGCUCGCUUCCGCUAAACUUCCAGGACGUCGUAUCACACACCCAAGCAGACAGCGUAUUGCGUAGUGUUUAUCGCUACAUUCAACGAGGGUGGCCGCAGCUUUCAGUUCUGGGACAGGAGUUGGCUCGUUACUACCACAGGAGAUAGCUGAAUGCGUUGGUGCCUGUUCAGCAUGCGCAGCAGCAGCCAAGUCGCCGCCACAUGAGAACCCAGUGCCAUGGGUCAAGUCAA